GUGAGUAACGGUGGUAAACCGUCGUAGCGGUGGUGGCGGAGUUGGGUUAUCGCAGCAUCCAUAAAUCUCAAAUUUUGAACAUGAUCAACAAUGAUAAUCUUACAAUCUUCAUUUCUCAGAAUGGAAGAGUUGGAGCUGGGGCUUGUUUCGUUGAUACGAAUCGCGUGGAUCGCGGCUACUUUACCGAUUUUGAUUGCUUGUUUGCCAGUUCCAGGGCUUGGUUGGUUUCGGAAAGUUUUGUUGGGGUUUGCCAAGAGAGGCAAGGUUUUACAAUCUAAAAAUAAAUUUACCGUGCCUCAGCGAUAUUUCUCUCACUUUUAUGUGGUGGCCAUUUUCUGGACGACAAUUUUGCUUGUUGCAGUGUGGGCUUAUGCUAUUAAGACCCUACCAUCACUUAUUGACCAAGACCUGUUUUCUACUAUAACCAGCCACUUGACUGGAGGUUCACAUACCUUCUCCUCUCAUAAAUCUUUGUCAACAAGAGAAUAUGUAUACAGGGUUUGGCUAUCUGUGUUUAUGCUUUUGCUAAUGGAAGCUCAAGUUUUGCGACGCUUCUAUGAGACAAUAUACAUAUUUAACUACAGUCCAUCUGCUCGAAUGCACAUCCUUGGUUAUUUUGCCGGCCUAUUUUUCUAUACGGCAGCUCCGCUGUCUCUUUGCUGUACUUUUGCACCUGAGGUUUUCAACUUUGUAAAGAAUCUUCUGGUGGAGUUUAUAGUGAAGGGAAAGGAUCGCAUGUCCAGGCCUGAGUUUAAUAUAUGGAUGUUUGUGACUCCUUUCUUGAGGCUUCGUUGGUAUACAUGGAUAGGUGCAGCUAUAUUCUUUUGGGGUUGGAUGCAUCAGUUCCGUUGUCAUGAAAUUCUUGGUUCCUUACGAGAGAAAAGUGAAAAGAUGGAGGAGUAUGUUAUUCCUUAUGGAGAUUGGUUUGAAUACGUCUCGUCUCCGCACUACUCGGCGGAAAUUGUCAUUUACGGUGGUCUUCUGGUGGCCAGUGGCGGUGCCGAUCUCUCAUUGUGGUUACUUUUUGCUUUUGUGGUGGCAAAUCUUGUUUUUGCAGCAACAGAAACACAGAGAUGGUACCUUCAUAAAUUUGACGAUUACCCUCGUAAUCGGUUUGCUAUUUUCCCAUUUGUUUAUUAGCGACCUUUUGCGUGGAAGAUUUGUGUAAAGUUGAGAUUGAAUCUUUUAUUCGUAAAUGAAAAGCUUCUGCUCUACUAGUCAGGAUCGCCUAAGGCGCGUUUAGUUGUGGAAAA